CCUGCCCGCCUGCCCGCCUGCCCGCCUGCCCGCCUGCCUGCCGCCCAAUUCCGAUUUGUAGCAAAGAAAGAAGCUGGCGGCUCGAACAGCCAGCGUAGACUUUCCUCUUUCCGAAGUUGCGUCGGGCACAUGUCUCCCAACAUCCUAACAUCGUACCACACCCUUUGUCCCACCUUGCUAUCCAAAUCAUAUCAAAUUUAGGCCACGUCGCUCCAUUCGCGGUGCACUUCGAGCAGACCUCAGCCCGUCACGCCGGUCCUCGCUGCCGUUCGGAGAAAGUCUUGCAAGGCACGCUUCGGAUACGAACUGCCACCACUCUGCCUGAGCCAGGCGAUUUCGCUCCUGUCUAGUCUCCCAACAUCGCCAGCACAGGCUCUGACGCGUCAGUCAACUAGGCAGCCGUCGUCCUUCAGUCCUCGUAGCCUCUCCAAAGGGCAUCAUCGUCAUGACCUCGAACAUCGAAGUUGCAAUGCCUUCGCCAGAGGUCACCACCUCCGCCAUCCUGGGCGCCUCGUCAAGCGGAUGGGGCUCACCUCAUCGAACACCACGUCGUCCGGCAUUGGAUCCUCAGCUGACCGGACAAAGCGACAGCGAGGGCUCGCCAUCGAGGACAGUCGGAGCUGGCACAUUUGCUGCGCUGCGCUCGCACGGGCUCGUUUCCAACAGCAUCUUCAAGAACGCAUCACCGCAAGGCGGUCAGCACGCCUCGCCCUCUUCAGGUCCCGACAGUCCGAACAGGAGAGGCGCCGGCACCCGCUCACCAGCCGCUGCAGAUCCUCCACGAAGAGCGAGUGUGGAACGCCUUGCCAACACGAGGCACGCCCGACAGCCUUCAAACAUCGAGAAUCACUCGCCUUCAUCCCACACUUCUCUUUCACCUUCCGCACAGCCAGCCAGAAAAAGUCAAGGCUUUGCUGAGCUUUCUCGCAGCAGCUGUGUAAGCAACUCGCCGUUCCGAAAUGUCGCAAAUGGCGGUGUCACUAGCCCCACGCGACCACUGGACCUGCCCAAAAAUGCCUGGGCGAGAAGCGCAGCUGCCCGACAAGGGGCUUCCGCGUCUGCCUCUGUUCUGCGAGGAUCACAAGAUCCAGAGCCACACACUCCUACGGAAGAGCGACCUGUGCCGAACGAUGUCUUCGGCACGCCCGAAAGGACGCCUCAAGCGAAGCGGCCACCUCCUUCUUCUGAGUCUUCGCCCACACGGAGAUCAGCAGCUGAGGCUACUCCACGCGGUAAUGGCAGCAUUCCACCCGCCUACGUGCCAGGCGGACAAUUGAACACGUCUCCUUCUCGCGGAAGUCUAGUGUCCAACCGCUUGCAUGGGCCUCGCCACCUCCCAACCCCCGAGUCCAGCCCUUCAUCUCGGCGCGAGCGCGAGCAAGAGCGCCGCAAGACAGUCACGUUCGACGAAGUUCUCGACGUGCAAGAAUUUGAUCGGGAAAGCUCGUUCGACCGAGAAUCGAUGCGAAGCGAGGGGAGCGGACUCAGCAUGGCGUCCUCCGACCGUUCUGAAGGCUCUUCAGAGGAAGAGAGAUUCUGGCGAGGCGAAAAUGAUGCGGCCGAUCAUCGCGCUGCCCAAAAGACGGCCCUGCAGGUGGUCAACGCGAGCCCCAUCCCUCCACACAGCUCCGAAGAUGACCGCGGCACCAUGGAUGACGAACCCAUGCAAGACCUGUACAGUGGCACUUCUUCAGAUGACAGUCGAGAAGUCUCCUCCAUUGAUGACCCGCCGAGCCCAAGACGCGGUCAAAGCCUUGCUAUCCCAGAUCGCUCAUUCCGAAAGCGCUUUGCAGCCGCGGGCGACGAUGGGGAUGACAGCUUCGAUCGAGAUGCAAGUUUUGCUGAUCUGAGCGGUAUGCGGAGGGUUGACAGUAUGGUGGACGAGCUGCUCUCAGCGUCUAUCCUCAACAGCCCUGCUGGAGCAAAGGGGGCCUCAGAGAGCCUGCAAGACUCGCCACCGCGCAGGCGUCGCUCGAAGGUCGCAGCCAGCUCUGCUCCUGCGGGCGAAUCUCUGAUGCCGACCGCCGAUGCUGCUCUCCCAGCGACUGGUCUCUCCUUGCCGGUGCGGACCGAUGACCAAGCGCACGUUACUCAAGAUGGCGCGUUGCUGGACCCUUUCGUCACUCCACGCACGCUUGCAAGCAACAUCAUUGAGGGUAUGAGCUCAGCUCAGAGCUAUCAAGCGUCUAUUCAUCAUGUCUCUGAGAGAGAGCGCGACGACAAGACGAGGGCGGCUGAAACAGAGCCAACGCCGUCGAUCGGCUCAGCAGCUGGCCUGUCAAAGCCCUUGCCUACGCUCCCGCCCUCAGAAAAACACUCCAGCACGAAAGCCGAUCAGCUCUCCCUCGGAGAUCUGCCGACUUUGCCCGAUUGGAGUCCUUUGUUGAUGAAUCACAAGAGCUUGCCACCAGAAGAUGCGUCAGAGCAGACAGAAGAGGCUACAUCUGCUCGCGCGGAAGCACAGCGAGGUUCGGAACCUCUCCGAACCCCGUCGGGCAGAGGACGACCGCACAUAUCUCGUGAUGCCGUUCUCUCGCGAGUCGCACGCGAAAAACGUGCUGAGCAGGAAGCACAAGCCCGCAGAGACUCUGCGGGGUCACAUACAUCAUCGGGUAACCAGACGACCACUUCCAAGAGUCAAAUUAUCAGCAGUGGUCGCAGGACGGUUGAGCCGCAGCGCAUCAGCUCCGCCGAACACCCCGCCCCAGCUCCUUGGGCACCGACUGCUGCGAAUCCACCGGCCCGCAGUCCAAUCCUCGAGCUCGAAGCCGCGAGCCCGCUGGAGCGCUUAGGUGCUGAAGUCGCCGCUGAGCAGGCGCAGCAGCCUCAGAGCGCAGGAUGCAGCCCCAAGAAGCCGGCAACAGAAAGCACAUGGUUUCAGCGCGAAGACAGCGCGGCUCCGGAGCUUGAGUCGCCGAGCGGAGAUGCACCACUGGCAUGCAGGCCGGGAUCAGCGCUCGGCGUACCUGGGACAAGCGCUUCGAGCGACAAUGGGCGCUUAUCGCCUUCCACACUGGGCGCUCCUCCUCCGCCUGUCAGCCCGAUGCAGAACGCACAGGCUAUCAUCGCUCGACGCCGAUCGAAAAAUGGCGGCAAAGGUCGGGGGAGGAGAAGCUUGAGCACAGGGGAUGCCCUUGCUGAAGUCAGUGCUCCUCGUCCCAAGCCUUUUGCUCUGAAUGAGGCAGAGGACGGAGGCUCUGCAUUGAUGGGAGGCAAGUCUCGUGCCAUGAACCCUGAUGUAGAUGAUGGGGAGGACGUCGAUGACGAUGCCGCUGAGACGGAGAGCCGUGAAGAGGUAGCGCGCGAUUUGUACACAAGUCAAAGGCUCCUGGAUGCGAGCGUGCAAAAGGCCAUGGAGGUAGGAUUUGGGAAUGGCAUCGAACGCGAAAUCAGCCGCAUCUAUCGGCAAGGGGAGCACAAGUACAAAGUUAGCGAUCGGGGCGCCUUUUCGGGCGUGGCUGACGAUAAGCUAGGUCUACUCAACAGUUCGGUUGAGAAGGGCACUGGCAGAGCAUGGCGCAGGCUUCGAAGACCUUCAGAUAUGCACGAAUACGCCAAGGAAAUGCGUGAAUACCGCGCCUCGGAGAACCCUCGCAAGGCUACUGGCAAGGUCUUUGUGUUCAUCGACGGCUUUAUGCCCGCUCCUCAACUGCCUAUUCCUCCUGCGCACAAGCCCACACGCUUCCAUUGCAUUCUCGACAACGGGCUGCACGUCGUCAAGACCGGCGAUGCGAUGCUGAAGCCGCCUGUUGGUUCGGGCGCCGGACCUACUGUCAGCAAAAUUGGCCAGGAGUUCGAGCUCAUCAAGCACAAGAACCUGGAAUUCAGCCUUACACUUGUCAUUGAGCGCAGCUCGCCGCACUUGGCGGAGACGCUUGCAGCGCCGCCAACGCCCUCGACCUCUGACAAGAAGCCUCCUAGCCUGGCGAAGGGCUUUAAAGGCCUUCUAAGCAGCCCUUUCCACAGCCCACGCAGAGGCAAGAGCACAGUCGUCGCGCCGCCGGCAUCUCCAACUCGCGAGCCCAUCUUGUCGUACCUUGCCAGGGAUGGCACAUUGGGCCGCGCCAGCAUUGUCUUUGAGAGUGUGGCCGAGCAAUCUCUUGGACGUUGCCACGUGGUCGAAGUGCCUGUGUUGGCAGGUCCGCAAGGACCUCAGAGAGGUCUGCUGAGGCUCAAACUCUUCUACUUGCCUGCUAUGCCCAGCGUUCCUCGCGAAUUGCUGCCCGACAAUCUCAGCGAAUGCAUCAAGGGUAUGCAGAACGCUGCGUGGCACAACUCCCCAGCUUGGAUGGAGGGUGUGCUAACGCAACUUGGCGGCGAUUGCACGACAUGGCGACGCCGGCCGGUCAAGGCGCAGGGAGCGCAUCUCAUUGGCUACAAUGAAAUCACCAAGAAGCCCACGGUCAAGAUCGAUCUAUCAAAGGCGGUGGCGGUGGAAGGAAGUUGGGACCCUCAUUCUCGCAGCCCAGGCCCUCACACGCCAUCUACAAUCUCCAUGUCGGCUCGUGCCAAGUCUUUCGUCGCAGCAGUGGAAGACGAAGAACCGGACGAGGCCUAUCACGUCGAGCGUUCCUUUAGAAUCACCUUUGCGGAUGGGGAGCGAAUCAACUUCUUUGCGGACACCGAUGAACAAAAGGAGCAGUGGCUCGCAUGCUUCGAACGGAUGAUCUCUCAGGAAAUUCCGCCGAACCCAAUGUGGGCGCAGGUCGCUCUCGAGCUGAUCCGCGCACACCACCUUUCCAAGGCACAGAAUGCCGCGAUGGCGAAUGGAGCUCCUGAUAAAGACACUUCACGCGACAUGGUAGCUUCAGACCGGGCAGGUCGUCAGCCUUCGCAGCUUUCGAAGCAAGGCCGCAUCAUCCCACCGACCGUGCGCGAAGAGUCGCCUACUCUGCAAGGGACACCCGUGAGGCCAACGUCGCAGCUGCCCGCACCAACCAGCACCUCGUCGCGCCUUAGGCCACGACCAAUGAGCGAGGCUUAUAUCGAUGGCGUCUCUUCGCAACGCAAGAGAUGAUCACCUAUUGCGCUCCACACCGAUCAGACCCUCUCCGUUCCGAGGCGGCAUUUAAUACUUCGUCUUCCAAUCACCUGUCAAUGUUCUUAGCGCGAUAUGCGCCCUUUUCAUCUUGCGCCUCUCUUUAGUCCUCGCAUCCCCGGUCUCGUCAUGUUGUGUUUGCCGUCUCAACUCUCGACUGCGCAGAUCAGAUCUCUUACUCUCUCACAUGGCCGCAGUGUCUCUUCUUCUCCGGAUAUUCUUCUCCUUUGCUCGAUGUUGAUCACAGUUGAAUGGCAUGCUUGAAGCACG